UAUGCCGGUCCACCCCCCACCCCCCCACCACCACCCUCCCUCCCCCUCAAGGUAAAGCUGCUCAUCAGGGAUGAGGUAGUCCCUCCCAUAGGGUCAAAUGAGCCCCCCCCCAGCCGAGGCUACAACUCCCACUCCUCCAGCCCUGCCAGCGACCCCCCUCCUCUCCCUCGCACCCUUAACUCAUGUGGCAAGGCCAAGCCACUGGCACCUCCCCCCAUCGCCGUCAAACCUUCCUAUAAUACCCAGGACACCACCCGCAGCACGGCCCCAAACACAGCGGCCUUUAGGGGCCCAGAGGAGCCAGGGGAGAGCCCUGAGGACCCCAGCCUCAAGUCGUUCCUGGGGAAGAUCAAGGCCUUUGAGAAGAUGGACCACUUUGCACGCGCUCAGAGGAUGCUGGAGCUGCAGGAGGCCCAGAACGCCAGGUUGGAGAUAGCUCAGAAGCACCCAGACAUCUAUGCUGUCCCCAUGAAGACCCAGAAACUGGAUCACAGCCGGCCUCAGCCUAUAGGUUCCAGCUCGCGUCCUGAGCCCCAGACCCCUCUCUCCAAGCUGCCAUACUCUGAGAGUUGUGGGUUCUACCCCAGUGAAGAGGAAGAAGAGUACCGACGCCAGCUGGCAGACCACACCAAGAGAGGCUACUACCAGACCAACAACCAGAAAUACCAGGACACAGAACUGUAGACUAUGCUACCAACAACCAGAAAAUACCAGGACACUGAAUGAAGUGUAGCACUACUACGUGCCCACCUACCACCCUACCACACUAAACUGUAGUGCCCCUUAUCUCCUGGACUCCCGACUACCCCUUAACACCCUAUAGUAACAAGACACAGGGCUGGUUGACAGAGACACCCACACACUGCUGAGCCCUGCUCUGAUUGACUCAGUUCAGCGCACACAAACACACACUCUCAAUUCCGGGACUCUGCCCCCCUCCCCUGACCCUGCACCAAUAUGCUGCUGACUCGGAAGCUGGCCAGUUUUAAGUUUUUCUUAAAACCGCUUUUUUGCUUCAGAAAGUGGAUAGUUACCUCAUUGUCUUUGUUAUUAUUCUUGUUUAAUUUCUAUUUGCUUGUUUGGUUGAGUUCUUUUGUUACACCGAUCUGUGUUAUUGUUAUGAUCCAUUUAAUCAGGAACCACAUGUUAUUUCUUGCCUAUGCAACUCCUUCAGUUUGCUGCCUGCAGAGCAACUGAAACGUAUUGCCACGAGUCCCUCUCUGCACUCCACAAGAACCUUAAACCUUACGAGUGCUCCAAGCUGUAUCUUCUUCUCGUUACUCCUUUCCUUUUGUACUAUAUCCAAUAUUAUAACCAGCUGUCUCCAAACUAUUUUAAAAGGUCACAUAUAUAUAUUAUUAUAUAUACAAUGUCUGGUGUUUAUACUCCUCCAUCUUUGCAUUCCUUCCUAUAUGAUCGUGUGUGUGUGUGUGUGUGUAUAUAUAUAUAUAUAUAUAUAUAU